UGCCCAAAAUAUCAUGAAGACAUCACUUCUGUUAUCAUCUGUUAAAUUCAUGCAUCAGUGUCUCAGCACUCAAAUCCAUUCAUCACAGACAGAACCAGCUUGUAUCUGGGUCGGAUCUCGUUCCCACCGCAGCCACAAGCUGCUCCACACUUUGUCUGUGGCUGUAAAGACUGAAAAGCUCUGAUUCAACUGGCUCCACCACGCAGGCCUGAAAACACACUCAGUCUCAGCUGCUUGAUUUUAAGUGACUCAGGAGCGGUCGGCUGCAGCUGAGCUGAAGAUGUCCGAUAACGGGGAGGUCGAGGACAAGCCCCCUGCUCCGCCCAUGAGGAACACCAGCACCAUGAUUGGCUCCUGCAACAAGGACCCCGCCCCCCUCAACCACAGCUCCAAGCCCCUCCCACCAAACCCGGAAGACAAGAAGAAGAAAGAUCGCUCGAUCCGCUUCAUCCUGACCGGAGGAGGCGAUAAGACCUAUAAGAAAAAGGAGCGUCCAGAGAUUUCCCUGCCGUCAGACUUUGAACACACCAUCCAUGUGGGCUUCGAUGCUGUCACAGGGGAGUUUACUGGCAUGCCGGAGCAGUGGGCCCGGCUCUUGCAGACAUCCAACAUCACCAAGUUGGAGCAGAAGAAGAAUCCUCAGGCCGUCCUCGACGUUUUAAAGUUCUACGACUCGAAGGAAACGGCCAAUAGCCAGAAAUACAUGAGCUUCACAGAUAAAAAUGCAGAUGCCUACAGUUCCUCCACAACAACGCAGAGCGUCAAAGCCGUGUCAGAGACGCCCGCCAUUGCAACCGUAUCGGAGGACGAGGACGAAGCCGAGCCCCCGCCGGUGAUCGCCCCACGACCAGAGCACACUAAAUCAAUAUACACUCGCUCAGUGAUCGAGCCCCUCCCUCUUCUCCCUCCGACCAAAGAUGCAGCGACCUCCCCCAUCAACCCGCCAGCCGCUGCAGCCGCCGCCCCCCCCACCCCGCCUGCAGAGGGAGCUCCCAUCAGCCCUCCCAGUGCCAGCCCUGCCCCCGGACCUUCCCUGUCCCGCCCCCAGGACAAAACCAGGAAGAAGAAGAUGUCAGACGAGGAGAUUCUGGAGAAACUACGGACGAUUGUAAGUGUUGGAGACCCCAAGAAGAAGUAUACACGGUUUGAGAAGAUCGGACAGGGGGCGUCUGGGACGGUGUACACCGCCAUCGACAUCGCCACGGGACAGGAGGUCGCCAUCAAACAGAUGAACCUGCAGCAGCAGCCGAAGAAAGAACUGAUCAUCAAUGAGAUUCUGGUGAUGAGGGAAAAUAAAAACCCAAACAUUGUCAACUACCUGGACAGUUACCUGGUGGGUGACGAGCUGUGGGUUGUGAUGGAGUACCUGGCCGGAGGUUCGUUGACUGACGUGGUCACGGAGACCUGCAUGGAUGAAGCCCAGAUAGCUGCCGUGUGCAGAGAGUGUCUGCAGGCGUUGGAGUUCCUCCACUUCAACCAGGUCAUCCAUCGAGACAUCAAGAGCGACAACAUCCUGCUCGGCAUGGACGGCUCUGUCAAACUCACUGACUUCGGGUUCUGCGCUCAGAUCACCCCCGAGCAGAGCAAACGCAGCACCAUGGUCGGGACUCCGUACUGGAUGGCUCCCGAGGUCGUGACCCGUAAAGCGUACGGCCCCAAAGUGGACAUCUGGUCGCUGGGCAUCAUGGCCAUAGAGAUGGUGGAGGGAGAGCCGCCCUACCUGAAUGAAAACCCACUCAGGGCGCUGUAUCUCAUCGCAACCAACGGAACGCCAGAGCUGCAGAACCCCGAGAAACUGUCCACGAUAUUCAGAGACUUCCUGAACCGAUGUCUGGAGAUGGACGUGGAGAAGAGAGGGUCGGCUAAAGAGCUGCUGCAGCAUCAGUUUCUGAAGAUGGCGAAGCCCCUCUCCAGUCUGACUCCUCUCAUUCUGGCUGCCAAGGAAGCUGCCAAGAACAACCGCUAGCGAGCCUUGCACUCAUUCAUCGCUCUCUCUCUCUCUCUCUCUCGCUCUCUCUCUCUCUACAUCCCUCCUUCCUUUCUCUUCUUUCGUCUCUUCCUGUUUUUCCGGGAGGUGGCGAUGGCUGCUGGGUUACAUUACCAGCCUUUGCCCCCCUGACCCCCUGCUCCCCUCACAAGGAGAACAAACUUCAGUCGCUUUUGUUCUGUAACUUCUUUUUUCAACUCUCCACUGGACUCGGACAGGAAGUUACAAGCAAGUAACUGAGUGACAUCAUCGGUUGGUCUUUGAUCAACCCCCCCUCAGUCGGUACGAACGACCUCAUACAGGAGAGAGAUUGUUUCAACAGAGCCCAAAGACUCAUGGGACUUUUCGUAUGUUUGUUUUUUUUAAUCAGUGUUUUGGGCUUUUUUUUUCUACCUUGUCUUUAAACGCCACGGAGCACAACAGAAACCAGCGCCCCCUGCUGCCGACUGAGUGUGUGUGUGUGUUAGCACACACAUGCAUGUCUGCGUACAUGCAUGUGUGUGACAUCAUCCUGUCAUUCAUCCUUGGGUUUCAGUGGGACGGAUUUGAUCAUCCUCUAAAAGUGCAUUUGCUGACUUUCAUUUCAUAGUCUUUUUUUAAAUCAAUCUAUCUUUGUGUGUGUGUGUGUGUUUCUGUGUGUGAGUGUGUGUGUGUCACUUGGGAAUGCUAGGAUAUAAGUUGACUGUCAACUUGUGUAGUGUUGGACUCGGAGCAGAGGAGGUUUAGGUCUCUAUCGUGUCUGUAGUGAGAUUUGUGAGCUACAGAAUAUUAAUAUUGAUAUUAAUCAGGAAACACUGGUACGACCGGAGCCAUCGAUGAACUGAGUUUGGACACAAGAGGCAAAGAUUCGACUCGGCCGUGUUUCUUCAGUCGAUCCAUCGAACCAGCAACAUCUUGAUUGGCUCCAAACAUUUAUACUUUUAUUUUUUAGCAUGAAUUUAAUAAUUUACAGUUACUUUUCUAUUGAGUGGAAUUAAAACUGGAAAUUCUUUUACUGAAGGAAACAACUAUCACUGAACUUAUUUCAUCCAGUGGAGGUUAAAUGGAGAAACUGACACACACGUAAAGAUACUUCAUUUUCAUAAUGAACUACUCUACCCAGAAUCCUCUCUGCCAAACUCGCUCCAUCUGCAGCUUGCCGUCGAGACUGAGCGAGAGAAUGUGCAUGUCAAGCUUUUUUAAUACGGUACGUUAAAAAUAGAGAAAGAAAUCCAAUGAGUUGUGAUGAAGUGUCGAUACAUGAAGGAUGCUUGUGUACAAUGGAGAAGAUCAUAUCUUUAUCCUGUUGUCAGAAGAAUGAGACGAACAAAUACUACGAUGGUACUUUUGAGUUCAGACUUGAGGAACCUCUGAACAGAUGGUGUAAAUUUCAUGUGUAAAAAACAUAGGAACUGAUUCAACUUUUUGUUUCAUGGACUUUUUGAAUCGAUCAAUGUUAGAAAACGAGCUCUCUUCUGUUUUUCUUUCCAAUGUUAUUUUCAAACUGAGUUUUUCUACUGGCUGUUAACUGACGGGUCAAAGGUCAAAGGUUAUUCGCUCAGCACAAGAGCGUCGGAUAUAGAAAAAAAUCAUGUGCUGUAAAUAUCUGACUCAGACCUGUUACCUUCAUUUCUGUUCUUUGGUUUGUAUAGUUUUUAUAGUAGUGUUUAUGUAACUGGCCUUAAACUGUUUAAAUGGUGCAGGAAUGACAUCAAUACAACAGACAACAGUGAAUAUUGUCAUCAUCGCUUCAUGGCUCCAACUAAUGAUUAUUUUGAUAAUCGGUUAUUAAUCUGCUCCUAGUUUUCCCUGUCAAGUUUCUGAAAUAUCAAAAAAUGACUAAAUAUGUGUUCUUCAGUUUCCCAGAAUCCAAGCGACACUUCAGAGCUCAAAGAUUUUCACUUUCCAGUGAUGACGAACAAUAAAAGCAGAAAACACUCAA